UGGUGACGUGACACACGUGUGGCUAAAAUACACAUCUUUUGUAACCUUCGUGAAUUUGGAUGUUACAAAACGCAAGACGGAGCUCACGUAAAAAGAUAACUCGUCAGCAUGAGCCAAAACUGCAUUCACUGGUUUCGUAAGGGCCUUCGCCUCCAUGACAACCCUGCUCUCAUUGCUGCCCUGAAGGACUGCAGACACAUCUACCCUCUGUUCCUGCUGGACCCCUGGUUCCCCAACAACACCAAAAUCGGCAUCAACCGCUGGAGAUUUCUAAUCGAAGCGCUCGAAGACCUCGACUCCAGCCUGAAAAAACUUAACUCAAGGCUCUUUGUUAUCAGAGGAUCUCCUACAGAGGUCUUACCUAAACUCUUUGAGAAAUGGAAGAUCACACGUUUGACAUUUGAAGUGGAUACAGAACCAUACAGUCAGAGCAGAGACAAAGAGGUCAUGAAGUUGGCUGAGGAACAUGGCGUGGAAGUUAUUCCGAAGAUUUCCCACACCCUCUACAACAUUGACAGGAUCAUUGACGAGAACAACGGAAAGCCUCCCUUGACUUACGUUCGCUUCCAGACUGUGGUCAAAAACAUCGGCCCUCCCAAAAAACCUGUUCCUGCUCCAACCGAACAGGACAUGAAAGAUGUGUCGACUCCACUUUCUAAGAACCAUGAGGAGGAGUUUGGGAUUCCAACUCUUGAAGAUCUUGGGUUGGACACAUCAUCCUUAGGACCAAAUCUGUUUCCAGGGGGUGAAAAGGAAUCUCUGCGCAGAUUGGAUGAGCACAUGGAAAGAACGGGUUGGGUUUGCACCUUUGAAAAACCAAACACGUCCCCCAAUGCAUUAAUCCCCAGCACCACAGUCCUGAGUCCCUACGUCCGAUUCGGCUGCCUAUCUGCACGUACCUUCUGGUGGAAGCUUACGGAUGUGUACAGAGGGAAGAAGCACUCUCAACCUCCGGUCUCCCUGCAUGGACAACUGCUCUGGAGAGAGUUCUUCUACACCGCUGCUGUCGGGAUCCCAAACUUUAACACGAUGAAAGGCAACACUGUCUGUGUGCAGGUGGACUGGGAUGAUAAUCUUGAGCACCUGGCAGCAUGGAGAGAGGCUCGCACAGGGUUUCCUUUCAUCGAUGCCAUAAUGACACAGUUACGACAGGAGGGAUGGAUCCAUCAUCUGGCUCGACAUGCAGUCGCCUGUUUCCUGACUCGAGGAGACUUGUGGAUAAGUUGGGAGGAGGGCCAAAAGGUGUUCGAGGAGUUACUGCUGGAUGCCGAUUGGUCAUUAAACGCAGGAAACUGGCAGUGGCUCUCAGCCAGCACAUUUUUUCAUCAGUACUUCAGGGUUUACUCUCCUGUCGCCUUCGGAAAGAAAACUGACAAAUACGGAGACUACAUCAAAAAAUACCUUCCAGUGCUGAGAAAAUUUCCAGCGGAGUACAUAUACGAACCCUGGAAAGCUCCUCGGAGCAUUCAGGAAAGAGCAGGGUGCAUUGUGGGAAAAGAUUAUCCUCGUCCUAUUGUGGAGCACGAGGUCGUACAUAAAAAGAACAUUCAGAGAAUGAAGGCCGCAUAUGCAAAGCGCUCUACAGAUGAUAGCCAUGACAAAACGGAGACAAAAGGUUCUUUCUGUACAGGUAUAAAGCGCAAAACGAAUGCAUCCAUCAAGAACAUGUUUGCAAAGAAGGCAAAAAACUGAACCGAUUACUGAACAGAUACUGCAUUUGUGGAUCUUUGUUCUGCUGAACACGAAAGAAGAUAUUUUGAGCACCAUUGACAUCCUUUUUCUUUUUUCAUUUACGGGUGAACCUUACCUUUAAAAUGAAAGCUUAUUGAGUGCUGUAAACAUGUGCAUUUUAAAUAGAAUAUUUGCUAUCAAUCAACUUGGGACUUUGACAGCUGUCAGUCAUUCAAAGCGGUGUUUUUCUGGGGAAGGUUUUCAUGCUUUUUUAAGUAUUUAACCUUGAUGUACCAGGUUUAGUACUUUUUUACUGAAUAAACUACAAUAUUGUUCUAAA